AUGAGAGAUGGCCUGGAGCAGGGCGGUGGCGCGUGGUCCGUCCUGGUCGACGGGCUCGGGUCGCCCUCUGCUAGGCCGCCGUUCGCCGUGUUCACCGAGAGCAUCAACCUGGACACGUCGGAGGGAGAGCUUCACGACGCGUACAUCCGGCUAUAUCGACGGGCCGUGUCGGCCGCCACCGACGGACAGCGGGGGGACGCGCCCGACGAGGGAGAGACCCUGGUCAGCUAUAACCUCGCCAUGACCAAAAGCACGCUCGCGCUGGUGCCCCGAGUCGCAGAGGGCGGUAGGGUUACGGACGACAAGGGAGACGUUGUUGGUUCCCUGGCACUGAAUGGAACGGUCCUGGCUGGUACGGCCCUCGUCAAGAGUGAGGCUGAGUGGGAUGCGCUGAGGGGAAAUAAGGAUGAACUUGCUGCUAUCCUGAGUCACAUUGGCAUUCCCGUCGAAAAGGUCAGGUUGUAA